AUGACACCUUCGGAAAUUGCUAACAAGGCCCUCGACUCCACGCUUGAGGUUGUACAAUCGCUGAUGAAGCGCUGUAUGAAAUUAAAGGAAAGUGACCCAGCCGCAUUGAUAAUCUCGGAUGAGAUCGCUAGACGGGUGGCAAAAGAUUUGAAGCUUUACGGGGGAACCGCCACAUCGUUCUCCCCUCAGCUGCUGUCUUUUGCAGCCGUAGUACGGCAGCAUUCAAAAGCUGGAAAAUUUGUAUCAUUGCCCGACUGGAACUCCGUGACGGACAACGACCAGCACAUCAAGAUGCACCCACUGUUCCACAAGAAUAUCUACUCCCUCACGCAUCCCGACGCAGAACCAGAACCCAGCAUGUCGUCAUCCACAGUCCCGCCGGAGCCGCGUUCAAUGAACGGGACCGUCGUGGAAACCUGUACGCCUCAACAUCUUGUCGCAUCAAAGGCCCCGCAUCCCAUUCAGUCACUCCAUGUUGUCCCUGAGGUGCAACCGAGGACAUCUGAGUGGCUAUCUCCUGUUGCACCAGUUGUGGAACCCAUGAUGUCUGGCGUCCGAAGCACCAUAACCCCUAUGGUCAUACCAGAACCAUCACCACCGGUUUUAAUGCCUCCCAUGACUGUCGGACAAAACAUGGGAAAUAUCAGAACGGUACGGCGGGCCUUCCCACCAACUGGUAACCCGCAGAAAAUGAAAACGGAAAUGGACGACAGCGAACCCCAACCACGCUGGAUAUCCUGGAAGCCGGUUCGGAAACGAAAGAGAAAGUUUGAGUCGGAUGAUGAGGAGACGAGUGCCACCAGUACCAUUCAUGUUAAGCAGAGGGCGUUGUCGGUGAAGGCCAGCCAUGCUGUCGCUCGGACAGACAUGCCCCCAUCUGACUUUGUGGACGAGAGAGGUUUUUGGGAUGCAGAAACCAGGCCUGCCAGAUGGGGUCUAGAUGCCACAGUUGCUACUGCGGUAGAGCAUUCCGUUCGCUACCAUCCCCACAAAUGUGACAAAUGCAUCAAAAUGGAUGUGCCAUGCAUUGUGUUGCCUGACAAGAAGUUCGGGUGUACAAGACUCGCUUGUGCAAACUGUGAUGAGAUGAAAAUUACCUGCGUGAUUGACGGCGCUGGUGUCUGGCAGAGGCUGCAAGCAAAGGCGCAGGGAGCUGCGAUGAAAACCGGCGUGAACGCACCACUCAAAUGUUCCAGGACACGUGCACCCAAGUCACGUGCGGCUGUCACAACACCUUUCAUAUCCACUCCUGCGAAGACAACUAAACUUUCCAGAUGUUUAUCCUCGCUUGUCCUACAGAAAGUUGUGCCGGACAAUCCACCGAUUGAGGUUGAGCAAGGACCAAUGAACUUGAUGCCGGAGAAGGCGCCACCGAAUAUGCAGCCAUUCAGAUCUCUGCAACUCCCACCGGUCGACAUGCCAGCACCAGUCCUACCAUCCGUACCAGCUACCCCCUCAGAGCCUGAACCCACCGCAAGAGCCAUAUUGCAAAGCAUCCAUGACCUUGGCAGGAGAUUCGAUCUCCUGGCAACCAAUGAGCGGAUGGAUGCUUUGGAUAUGAGGGUAGAUUCGGUAGAGCGGAGGAUCAGCCUGAGGCUGACGACGCUGGAGGAACGGUUCACCGUAUCUAAUGCGCAUCAGGAGUUGUUAUCACAGUCGAUCGGUAAUCUGUCUAUGUCCUCACAGGUGCACAGCAACAAUCCGGGUGCACAUCAUCCUCGCGCCCAUGGUAAUGCGCACACACCCCAGCACCUGCCAGAACCAACCAUCACUUUGUGGCUGACAAAUAAUCCUGCCGGUGAUGAACACCCAUGCAUCUCCACCAUAGGCAGGGAGUACACCCAUGCAUGGGACCAGUCCAUUAUGACAGAGGAAUUACUGCCAGAAAGUUUGAAGUCAGUUAUGACACCUCCCGCCCUGUGGGAAUUUAGCCAGUUGGUCGUUCUUUCUGCGCAGAUGUUUCAGAUUAUCUCGGACACUACGGAUGCCUGGGUUCAGUCGGCUGUUAGGGAAGCAUCACGACAAGGCCCGCAGCAUAUGGAUCAUCAUCGGUGA